UGGUUUGAUGUUAUUCUAAUUUAAAGGGCCUUUAGGGUAGCGUUGUCAUGGAAACGUUGAGUAAACGGGUGCUAAAAGUUAGUUAUCCAGGAUAGGCCUACUUUCAGAGAAACCUCAGUUUGAGCUAGCAAGUUGUUUUUUUAUGGACAGCUAUGUCACUGUCCAAGCUGAACUAUAAUGGAGAGAGAACAGCGAACUAAACUAGCUAGUACAUGCUAAUACAGUCGUCCAGCCGAGCCGAGUCAUGUCGGGCAACAGUCUCCCGCCGCCGCAGCAUUUGCCACACUGGCCCAGAAUCGGAUGUCUCGGGAAACCUGGCCURCCGCGACAUUUACCGGCGAACCGACCACAGCAGCGUCUGCCUGCCGUCCCGCUGACGGACGGAGACGUGGCGGUGGGGGUCGCAGGGAGGUCCAGUCUCAGCGACGAGAACCCCCGCGUGGCAUCGCUGCAGAGGAAUAUCCGGUUUCUGCAGCGACAGCACGAGGACACUCUGGAGAAGCUCCACGCAGAGAUAGACUACCUCAGGAGGGAAAACAAAGAAUUGCAGUAUAAAAUGAUUAUGGAGCCUCCAAGUAGAAAAGUUUUGUUGCAUGUGCUCCCUGUAGGAAGGACGCACGACCCACGAGACAAAAGACCACCCGCUCAGGGUGGUGAAGCCCACGCUGCACUCUGUCUGGAGGGGCCACUGCAGGACACACGACCGCUGAAAGACCAGGUUUUUAGAAAUAGCUUUGAAGAAGGCAGUAAAGCUCAGCAGGACCGUGGCACAAAGAUGAAGGAGCACCUCGUCACUUCCUUACAUCCUCUACGAAUUCACAGCGGUCUCUCUCGUCCUCCGCGAGCCCCCACCCUACAGGAGUGUGAGGUCAUCAUCCGCCAGCUUUACAAUGCAAACAGUUUGCAGUCUCAGGAAAUUGUUCGUGUGAAGGCGCUGCUGAGAGAAAUUGUUUUGUGCAAGAAAAUCACUCCAGAAAACUACAUUCUGACCAAGUCAUACCUCACUGAUGGAACUAGGAAAUCUGUAGAAGACAAGAAGUUUCCCAAACUCAGUCUCCAGUCUUUUCCAGAGAACAUGUCAGGAACGGCUCAGUCGAGGGUUGUCCUCCCAGCCCUCACGCAGAGCCUCAGCUCCAGCAUCGCAGACAGACAGAGGAGGACUCGCGCGAUGCAGAAAGAUCGACUGAAAAGGACUUUGUGGUGACUGAUUGAAACCAACACACCAUCAGGCUUAGACAUCAGACAAUCAUAAGUAUGUAUGAUUUUUACAAAUUGAUUUGUAAUGGUUUAAAUAUGUAAGACGAAUGUUUUGGCCUGCCAAAGGAAGAAAAGCUGACGAUGGCUCAGUCUAUGUAUACCAGUAAAGCAUGACAAUAAACCAGCAUGUUUAAAACCUUAAAUGAUGUCGGUCACCAGUGAUACACCUGUGUUUUUCCCAGCUAUGACGUAACAAUUUUUAAGCUGUUAAAUAAGUCUGUGGCCCAAUUCUGUUCUCCACCCUGAUGCCUAAUCCCUGCAUCGUCACACACGUUAUUGUCGUCACAGCUGAAGUGCUUCACCGUUGAGUUCAGAUGGGUUGAAAUGGAAUUCUAAGGGCUGAGCAGGGCAUAAUGUUGUGACCAAACACAACUGUUUGAAACUAUGUGUCAACACUUAUAAUAAGUCAAACCACAGACUUGAGCUAUGGACUUUCAGUUUGCAUCAAUCUUUGGCAAACAAACCAAAGGAAAUCUUUACCUUUUAGCAAACCAAAUAUCUAAUUAUGAAUUAAAGAUGUUGACACUUGAUCACGAAUACAAAAAAAAWUAAUAAAAAAUGAGAACUGUUUUGCUAUAAUACUACGUAUCUUCAGAUCCUUUGGAGUGAUCAGUUUGUGCAAAGUGAAUUAGAUUUUGUGCAGACAGAAAAGAGUGCCUACAAGUCAUCAUCAAAACCUUCYUAGAAAGAUUUCAGAAGGGGACAACCCUAUGGUUUCACACGUUUCUUGAAAAUCUGCAUUAUUUCAAAAUACUUAUUCACUGAGUGAAAAGGUUGAAAUUGGGCAACAAUGUUACCCCUCAAAAGCAUUGUCUGUGCUAGAAAAAGAUCAUUUUGUCUAUCAAACAAGGCGUUAUAGAAUGUUUAGGUGAUUUAAAAAAAUCCAUAAAAAAUGUUUUUAGGAGAAUCCAUUGGGAGUGAAUAAUAUAAAACUAUUUUAACAUGAAAAUAUCACUUACUCUAUGAGAAUAUGCACUUUAUGUCUUUGGAUCAAAUUGCUCAAGUCCACCAGCUUCUGUAAUCGCCCAGAAUGGAAACACUCAAAUUUAGCUGUCACUGCUURUUUACUAUAUUUAAAAAAAAAGGAAUGAAUGAAAUAGAAUUAAGUAUGCAACUUUCCCGAUGAAUGUCAAUAAACCUGCUGUUAAUAAAA